GAGGGAGGGAGGGACUGAGGGAGGCCCCGGCGACGGCUGCUGGGGCUGGGAGUCAGCUGCUGUGGGACCGGUGUGCGCUGUGGCACCGCGGCCGAAAGUGGGCUCAGGCUUGCAGCGGCCACUGGCUGGUGUUGAGGCCAGCCCUGCGCGGCUGUGGAGCGGAGCCGGCGGUGACGCGGGCGGCGCCAGAUCUAGUGCCGGGCUCCCGGAGCGGGGAGGCGGGAGCCUGCCUGCCCGUGGCUGCAGACCCCGGCGCCUGCUGCAGCUGAGAGAGGGAUGCGUGCCCCCUAAGAUCCCCGGCAGCCGAACCCUAGCAAAGAGAAACGAGAAUGGAUGAAAGAUGGUGGGAAGGACAUCUGGCAUUAGAUAUCCACUGUACACUCAGAGAAAAGGAGCUGAAGCUGCCCGUUUACAAAGCCCAAUCCCCACUCCUUGAGAGCCGAAGGUAUUUUGUCGACUUAGUUUCUGUGCUCAGCAACCACUGCAAGAUCUGCCCCACGGCCAGACACCUGGCUGUCUACCUGCUGGACCUCUUCAUGGAUCGAUACAGUGUGACUGCAAAACAGCUGCAUAUCGUAGCCAUCGCCUGUCUUUUGCUAGCAAGCAAAUUUGAAGAGAAGGAGGACCGAGUGCCAAAACUGGAACAGAUGAACAGCUUGGGCCUCCUAUGCAGCCACCAACUGGUACUAAGUAAGAAGGAACUUCUGCAAACGGAGCUGCUCCUCCUGGAGGCUUUCGGCUGGAACCUAUGCAUGCCGACCCCAGCCCACUAUGUGGAUUACUACCUCUUAUUCUCACUCAGUGAGAAGGACCUCUGCAACAACCGGCCUAUCUUCUCUUUCUCAAAAACCAAAGGUUUCCUAGAGAAAUAUGUCCACUACUUUCUGGAAGUUUCAUUGCAAGAUCAUAUUUUUCACAACUUCCCACCAUCCAUGGUAGCUGCAGCUUGCAUUUGGGCCUCUAGGAUUUGCCUGCAGCUCUCCCCCACUUGGACCAGAGACUUGGAGAAAAUAUCACACUAUUCCAUGGAGCAGAUCAGUGCUUGCGUUAAAGUCAUGCUGUUGGCUUUUGACAAUGACUUCAAGGAUGCUAACAAAGUGAAGAACCCGCCACUGGCCUUGCAAUCCCACAUGUUGGUUCCAGGCACACAUCAGGCUCCUACCCAGGUGCUGUUCCAACAGCCGGCCUUCCACCAUCCAGUCCCCCAGCCAGCAGCCACGCUAUCCCACAUCCAGACCCCUGUGCAAGACUUGUGCUCGGCCUAUCGUGACACCCUGCAGCCCCACCAGUCUGGGGGCUUGCUGUCAGGAAGCACCGGUCCCUCUCUGUACCACCCUUAUUCUGCUCUCCAGCCUUCAGCAGUCCAGGCUAUUACCAUCCCAGGACCCCUCCCCAGGCAGAUAGGAGUAGAACCAAGACACUGCAUCUCUAUGGCUUACGGGAGUAGCUACUUCAGUGGACAUCACUCGUUCCCAGCUGGAUGUUUGACAGAUAAAGUAAAGCCAUCCUAAGACUGUAUGUUUGAGCAGACGAAUGAGAGGGAUCUCAUGGCUGCACGGGCAGUCAGCUGUUUUGGGAGAUGUGCUAGGAUGUCAGCCACAGAGCUUGGUUAUUUUUAGGGCCUCUUCCCCCCUGGCCUUGUUGAAGCACUGGCUUAUGGAGACUUUUGCCCUUUUUAAAACUGUGAGAGUGGAAAAAUGCAAUAACAUACCUCACCAAGAACAUUUCUCUCUGAAACUCUUCCCUAAGAAGCUGGUUGUAUAGAGAUGACUUUGCAUCUGUCUUCCAGAAUAGGGACUCCAGGGAAUCAGAAGGACCUGACUGGUGGCCAUACUACCUGACCCUGGGUAGACUACUAGUCAAAGAAUGUUUCCUGUUUUUAUCAUUAAAAAAAAGACUUUAUUUCUUAUCAAUGGCAGCUAUACCACUGUAAAAUGACACUUGAGAAGUUUUUUGGUUCUUCCAGAAAAUGCCAAGAGUUGUUGGUGCAGUUUUUCCUUGGCUUAGAAGUCUAAUGUAUGUUUGAGGUUUUGUUUUUUUGGUUUAUUUGUUUAGAUUUGUGACUGUUUUGUUAUUGUUUUAAUGAGAAACACAUCUGAACACCUGCCUUCUGGGAUUGGGUGGAUGGGUCUCUUUUUUACCUUUUUUUUUUUAACUUCAAAUGUCACUGCCUUGUAGGUAUUUUAAGAUGCUGCUGCCUCCUAAAGUGACUUAGCUUUUUCGCUCAGCAAAAUGUCUUGUUUACAAAUUAUAUCAGGGAUUUAAUGUUACUUGAAGGUUCCUUAGGAAAAAAAAAAUGUUUUGUCUGUGAGUAAUGCACUGCCCAUAAUGCUAAUGUGUUCUAAGUUGAACUAUCUUGUGGCCUGCUUACUAAAAGCCGAUAGCUUGACUUUGUUUUGUCAGAAGGAAAAGGAAUAAUCAGCAAAAAUCAUUUCCUAAGCCUUUCGUAGUUCCAGAUGGCCCCUAGACUUGUUUGCAACUUUGUUCACUAGCCGGGUUUUCUACAAAACCAGCCUGUAGAUAAGAUCUUUGAAGAGUAGACAAAGGUUUAGGGUUGUUUUAUUUUCUCCUUCUGCCUCUGUAGGGGAUGAGAACCUGGCCUAAGUUUUUGUUUGUAUGAAGGCAAGAAGUGGAGCAUUUGUAAAAAUGCAGAGGUGUGUUUAUGCUUGGGGGGACUGUCAGGACAUUUGAUAUUUGAUGUCAGAUUGGAAGGCAGUUUUGGAGAGGGCUGGUUGUCCAUCCAGAGGGCUCACAGGAGGAGGAUAACAAUAUAAACAAUGUGCAAUAAUAUGUUUUUCACUCUGAUUUUUGUGAUCCAUGCUCAGUGUGUUCUUGGGGUUUUUGGAAGAGAUGAUGUGAAAGAAGGGUGGGGAUGAGUAGAGAAUAGGGUGUUGGAUAUUGUCCCUCCAACAACAUAUGGUCCUCUCCUAAACUUUUAGGAGAAAUCUGUGGCCUGUUCCCAACUUCUUUAAAAUCACAACACCAAGAACUCACCUACCUUCUGCCUUAUUGGAUCACUAAAUUAAUCUCAAUCUAAUCUGAAGAGCUUACUUUCCUUGCCUGGAAAAAAUGAAGUUUUUGUUUUUGUUUUUAAAGUAGGAUGAAGGUGGGCAGAGCGGAUGAAAACCUAAAUAGCAGGCAAAAUGAAGCCUUGGAUGUACCAUCAAGCAUUUAGCAUUGGGAAAUUUGGCGUUAGUGUCUUCUGGCCUGUUUUUAUCAUUUGUGAGCUUUUCUGGUCUCUACACUAUUUUAUUGGGCAUCCUCUCAGGACCACAGAUGUGGAUUAAGGGCUGAUAGCAGAACCUAGCAGUCAGCCUCACCUUUUCUUCCAUUUGGUGAAACUCUCUCCUUUCUUUCCCUACUGGCCCCUGGAGGAAAGCUCCCCCAAUAAAUAGCUAACCUGAUUUCUCUCA